AUGAUAGCAAUAAUGGUUCUGAUGCAGCUGUGUAUCUCCAAAAUAGUUGUCGUUGACGAUCUUGGUGUUACCGAUAAACAGAAUCGAGAUCCAGACAUAGCUAGAAAGGUAAUGAAUGUUCUUGGAGGCACUAUAAAGAACAGUAGGGAUACAGUGCUACUCUCCAAUAGCAAGGGGACAAAAAGAAUUGUUGGAGAUGAUGAAAACGCUUCCUCGGCAUACGACAGAGGAAGCCAAGGCGAAGCUAAACUGUUUGCGAAAACGAAUGAUGACAAUAAGACAAAUGGACGAGAGACCCACUUACGACCAAGUCCUUCCAAACCUGAAUAUACCGGAAGGCCGACACAGAAUCUACAAGUGGAAGAUCCAGUCCCAGAAAUAGGAAGAGGCUACCAAGAGAGCUCCCUACUGAAUCCCUUGCAUACCAGGAGUCUAUUUAAUGGGGAUGAUCAGCAGAUCCAAGGCAGGAACAUGUACGAAAGGCCCUCCAUGCAAAGCUAUGACCCAGAGAACCUUUUAACGCCAUAUGACUCUAACCAAGGGAAGUAUAUUCCAUUUUCAUUUGGGGGUACUGGAGAUUCUUUUACGGGAGCUCCUGGAUACACAGAGGCUCCACUAGAAGACAGAAUGGGGUUUGGUAUGGGCGGGAAUAGGAACCUGUCUGAUGAGGCAAGGGCAAGGAAGUCAUUUAUUAUCUUGAAGAUGGCGCAGAGCAAGCAGAAGGAAAGCAUGCUACAGAGCAGCAUCGACAAACUUCUACAGGACAUAGACCAAGUUGCUGAGAAGAUCCAAGACACACAGAAGAUGAAGGACGGGAUGAUGUCGAGGCUUCACACCAAGAAAAAUCAUCUGAGAAACCUGCAGAUUAACAUAAAGGAGGUUGAAGUCCAAAGAGGGAGGACCCUGGCCCUCAUAAGGUUAUCUAGGAACGAGCUUCUGAAGCUUUCAAAGAUGAUAGACGACCAAAGAUCCAAACUGGCGCUUCUCGAAGAUGAGGAGAAGAUAUUCUCUGACAGAAUAAAGAAAUAUGAUGAGGAGUAUGAUGUAGGUAACAGGGAGCUUCAGCUGGAUGAAACGCGGACCGAAGAAAUCAAAAGGAGUAUAGAAGAGCUGGAGAGGAUGUAUAAUGUUCUGAAGAUCAGGAACAAUGAGCUGUUGAAUGAAAGAAACAAGGAAAGUGCCAUCCGGAACAAGCUAGAAAUGGAGGUAGAGAGGUUUGAUAGAAGCGCAAUAGACUUUAUUUAA